AUGGUCGCGUUCGUCGUCUCCGCGGGCCGCGCGCACGCGUCGAUCUCCCCUCGCGCGCGCCUCAAUCGCGGCCGCGGCGCGCCGUCCCACCGGCCGACCCCGCGCGUCGUCCCGUCGCCGCCCGUCCCCCGCCCCUCGACUCUCAGUCCCCUCGGCGUCAGAUCGCCAGGGGCGUCGCUGCGGUGCGACGCGGGGCGGGGCGCCGCGCGCUUCGGCAAACGGGAGGAGUACUGGGACCCCGACGAGCAGAGGCGGGUGAAUGAGAACAAGUCGUGGAAACGGACGGACUCCCCGCAGGACGCGUGGGACAUCGACAAGGAACGCGACGCCACCAUGUACAAGCGCGAAAGCCUCGAGCGCCUGCUGCAACUCACCCCAUCGGAACCCAAACCCGACAAGGCGGUGGUGUGCGGCAAGUGCCGCGCGCCCGUGAGCAAGCGCAGUGCGGAGACGCAGAAGGAUCGCGCGCACCUGCACAGGCUGUACUACGCGGACAAGUACGUCGCCGUGGGGGUGUACGAACGUGACGGGACCACGGUGACGGUGGACGACGCGAUCGAUUCGCGCGCGUCGCGAUGGUGGCCGCCUCGAGCCGCGCGUCGGUGUCGGUGCGGCCGGUGCGGCGAGGUGCUCGGCUGGGCGUUCGAGGAUAACCCCGAGGAAAAAGUCGGGCCGUUCUACGCGCUGCUGCAGUCCAGGGUGGCGACGAACGAGGGAGGAGGAGGGGGCGGCGGCGGGGAGAACUGA